UCUCGUUAACUGCUGAGUUGUCUCCCUGAAAAUACCGUGAGACAUAGCAAUAGAGGACUACUCGGCUAAGCCCUCCUUUAUAAUCAAUCCUUGCUAGACGAGUAAAACUGUCAUCACAUUCGUAGCCACACACUGAAGUUUAGGAACUUCAUCUGAAUCAUGGGGAACAUUUUUGGGAAUUUGCUCAAGAGCCUCAUAGGGAAGAAGGAGAUGAGGAUCUUGAUGGUUGGACUCGAUGCUGCAGGAAAAACAACAAUCCUCUACAAGCUCAAACUGGGUGAAAUAGUUACCACCAUCCCAACCAUUGGGUUUAACGUGGAGACGGUGGAGUACAAGAACAUCAGCUUCACUGUGUGGGACGUGGGUGGGCAGGACAAGAUCCGACCUCUCUGGAGACACUACUUUCAGAACACACAGGGUCUAAUCUUUGUGGUGGACAGUAACGACAGAGAGCGUGUGAACGAAGCACGAGAGGAGCUGAUGAGGAUGCUGGCCGAGGACGAACUGAGAGAUGCAGUCCUCCUUGUGUUUGCCAACAAACAGGACUUACCGAACGCCAUGAAUGCUGCCGAGAUAACAGACAAGUUGGGCUUACACUCCCUGCGUCACCGUAACUGGUACAUCCAGGCCACCUGUGCCACCAGCGGCGACGGCCUCUACGAGGGUCUUGAUUGGCUGGCCAAUCAACUCAAGAACAAGAAAUAAGAAGUAAACUGGAACAAGCAACUUUAUAUUUGUUUUGGGAAUGGGGGAGCGAGUUAGGAGCAGGGAUUUUGAUCAAUAGGUGAAACGCAAGAUUCUGGGUUUGGGGGAUAUUUUAGGCUUUCAUUUUCUGUCUGGUGAGGUUCCUAAAGGUUUUCAGCGCUUAUUAAAACAGUUUUGUCAUGUACUUCCUAUUUAACCACACACACACACACACACACACACAUAAUGCACAUUAACCAUAAGCAAUCACAGCACUCAUUUGCUUUCCCUGUGUCCACCUCUGGUCUUUAGGUGCAGUGUACUGUGUGUGUGUCUCUAGGUGCUGUACCAAGUCAUGUGUUACUCCACCGAGUCAGCAAUGAGUCAAAUAUGACUUCUGCUCUUGUCCAUACAAACAAAUAUGCUGUGUCAGUUGCACUUCCUGUUUCUUUUUGUUUUUUUAUUCUAUCAGAGCCAUGUUUGGGAACAAUCACAGCUUGCAGAUUUAUGUCACCCUAAUUCUACCUUUUAAUUUGUGAGCAAUGCUGAGGCACUUUGAUGCUCAGAUAAAGUGUGUACGUGUGUGUGAGCGUGCACACAUUCUGUAUGUGUUUGUGCAAGCGGUCAGUAUUAGUCAUAAAAGACAACAGGACUGGAGUUUCCCCUGUCACACGUCCUCUUACUGCCUCAAUCUUUUGAUAUCUGUGGCGUGUUUAUACUCCUCGUGUGUCUCGAAGCCGCCCUUUUUAAAUGUUUUAAAACACACAACUCAUUCUCGACCACCUGCAUGCAUCCUGGUAGAUCUUGCUGACAUCGUUGCAUACCUUUCCAUCAUCAGAGCUGCAUGCAUGUUGACGCUGCUUGUAGAUUUUCUCUAACUGCCCUCAUUGUGUUCUGAUGCUGUUUGCAAUACGACGCACAAACUAACCGAACAACCAAUUUCUGCAUUCAGUAUCAACAUGCGCUAAAUACAGUAUAGUCAGCUUUAUGAUGUUUUUUUAAUGUGAAAGCAGUAUACAAAACAACACACAUGACAGCUGCUGCCUGUCUGCCUUCAUGUGAUGAGUACUCAAACUGCGUCAGGUUGCUCUCGCUCUGUGUUUUUGUCUCAGACUUGCAUAUCGGGGGGGGGGGGUGAUAACUCUGUGUUAAUGAAUGUGAAUAUUGUUAAUGAAUCUAUAAAUGGCUGUAAUAUUUAUUUGACAUGCAUAUUCCUUUAGUUCCGUGAUAAUGAUGUGAAAGAUAGCAGGGUAAGCCGAUGAAACUCAUCAGCACAUCCACGACUCUUUACUGCGUCACCACUGACACCAGCAGAAUCAAUAAAACAACUUCUCGUGUGCCAUACAUGGAUACUACCACUCGUAUACCAGAGACAGUACAACAUACUGUAAAUCCACUCCACCAAGUUAUGAGUGCUCAUAUUCAGCAUCUAUGUUGAAUCAUGAGUUUAAUCCUUUGGGUUUUGUGGCCUUUUAUUUAGUGAUGACUCCUAAUUGAUUUCCUCUCAUGCUCGUUCGGUUCUGAUUUUGAUUCACAUAUAUUUCUCUCUAAAGAAUGAUUUACAGAUGUAUUUCUCUAUGCCCUCAAAAGGUGGGUUUUGCACCACAGUUCAAGAUGAUCAAGGAAAGGUUUUGUCCUUUUGUUUUACCAGUUUACUUGAUUUCAUAUUUAGUGGUAGAUUUCUUUGGGGUGGAAAGAAACUUUGAUGUAGACUGUGUCUGUGAAACAAUGAUAAUCAGUGCGAAAAAAACAAAAAUGAUUCAUUCUGUACCGUUAUAGUUACACAAGUAGAUUUAAAAAACGGUGAAGACCAUGUUUUAAUGCUGAGUGGAAGGAGACUUCUGUAUGUGAUGUAAGACGACAACAAAACAUCCUGCUGUAUUACGAAUAAACCAAUUUUCUGUAUGA